AUGUUUGAUGUUCCCCUUGUUUCUGGGAUUGUGUAUCGAGUUAAUCUGGAAUAUCUUAGACGAGAUGUUUUCAUUAUAGAAGGCUAUCUCUCUGUUUUGCACUUCUUCAUUGGGCAGUUGGCAAAAGUAUCGUCACCCAGCACUGCAGAGAUGUCAUAUUAUGAGGUCUAUAUGGACAGAUGUUAUGAUCUGUUGGAAGUCAAAGCAAAGGAAAUUGCAAUAUUGGAUGACAAAGAUGGGCAGAUUCAUCUAAAGGGCCUAUAUCGUGUCCCAAUAAGUUCCAUGUCUGAAUUUUAUGAGGUCUUCUCUCGUGGAAUUCAGCGCAGAAAAGUUGCACACACAGGGCUUAAUGAUGUCUCUAGCAGAAGCCAUGGAGUCCUUGUGAUAUCUGUUUCCACUCCUUGUGAUGAUGGCUCCGAUGCUGUUGUUACUUGGAAGUUGAACCUCAUCGAUUUAGCAGGUAAUGAAGACAACAGAAGAACCUGCAAUGAAGGGAUACGUCUCCAAGAGAGAGCUAAGAUCAACCAGUCCUUAUUUGUCUUAUCAAAUGUGAUUUAUGCCUUUAACAAUAACAAGCCCCGAGUACCAUACAGAGAAAAUAAACUGACCCGGAUACUGCAAGAUUCCCUUGGAGGAACCAGCCGUGCAUUGAUGGUUGCUUGUCUGAAUCCAGGAGAGUACCAAGAAUCUGUUCAUACGGUCAGCUUGGCUGCACGGUCGCGCCACAUAUCUAACUCUGUUCCAUCAGCUCAAAAACAAGAUACUCCAAAUGUUAAAGUUGACAUGGAGGCGAAAUUGCGUGCCUGGCUUGAAUCAAAAGGAAAGACAAAGAGUGCAGAAAGAAUGAGGGCACUUGGUUCAUCUCUUAUGAGCAAAGCUCCUAGUUCUUUGAGCUCUUUGAAGAAGCCCUGUCCAUGUCACAGCUCCACAAAAGCAAAGGCUAUUACAAACCAAGGUGCUUCUAAUGCUAAAGAAAGGGUUCUUUCUGUGCAGCACAGAGAUUUAUUCUACAAUGGAGAUUCAGUUGAUUCUGGCACAGAGCGUUUCAACUUUGCUGCUGAGAACAAUACCAACAAUACAGAAGAAGAGUUCAAGGCUGGUGGGGAUGGGAGUGCCUCAGAAACAAAUACAAUUUUACCUGAUGAUGCAUUGGCAAAUGACAAGAAGAUUCUGAAGCUGUAUACUUGGAAGCUUCAGUUUUUAAGGCUCUGUUUCAUUUCAUAUACUGGGAUCCAUUACCUAGCAUAGAAGAGUUCUUCUACUUUGAGAGGCUUAGUAUCUGCUCAACAGAUUGGUACAGUCCAGGUAGGUUCAGGCAGCUAUGCGAGUCUAAUCUCCGUGAAGAUGCUGCUGUAAAUAUUGUAGCAACUACCUUAGCUUGUGAUCAGGAUAGUACCACUGUUUCCAGCUAAGAGUUGGAUAUCACAGAUUUGUUGAAAUCUUUGAAAAAUAGGAGCUGAAGCUCCUUCACAAUCCAUUGUAGUCACAAGGCAGUGCACCUGAGGGACUAAAUGCAGAACAGCAUGCUCGGGGUCUCAAGUCUUUUGAGUUGAAGACAACAUUUGAAGAUGCAACCAGAACAAGGUCAUUGAUGAGUAAUGAAGAAUCAGAGCUUGCCAUUGUCAGUAACUCUAAUGUUGCUGCCGAUUCUGAAUCCAGUUGCAAUCGUCUGUGGGCAUAGCUGUGAGAGGAAGUCGAUUCAGGAAAAUUUCUGAAGAGAAGAGAAGACCUGCCCCAUAUGCGGAGAGAAGUUUCUGUUCUAAGGAUCCAAAAAGAUUUGCGUAUGAAAGCUUAUAGAGAAUUGUGCUCCUCUGCUCUUUACAUUCAGAGAGGUAUGCGUGGCUUGGCUGCUCGUAAUGAGUUUCGCUCCAGGAGGUAGACAAGAUCAGCAAUUGCUAUCCAAAGUCAAUGUCGCAAAUACUUAGCUCACUUGCAUUAUAUGAGAUUAAAGAAAGCGGCAGUCACCACACAGUGUGUAUGGAGAGGAAGAGUUGAUCGUAAGAAACUGUGGAAGCCCUGGAAUCUGAGCCUUCAUAUAUAUUCGCAACACAGCAACUGCAUUGAGAGAGUCAUUCCUUCUGAAAGAUUCUGUGCUUCAGAGAAUAGAAGAGAUCUUAGAAGACCUAGAGUUGCCGGAGCACUCUUAUUCCAGAUUGCAUUGAUUGGUUGGCAAGGUCAAUUACUGGGAACUCUUUGCCUAUGACUGAUUGAGAUCAGAAAAGUUCAGUGGGAGGGUCAUACUCUGAUGCUGGUUUUGUGGUUAUGUAUGCUUGGAAAGAUGUUGUGCAGGCAAGCUCAAAUCCAAGUGAUGAUUUGAAAAGAAAAUAUGAGGAGCUUCAAGGUAAAUUUUAUGGUUUGGCUUAACAAAAUGAGAUGCUGGAAGCAAUCUUUACAAUGAUGAAUAUGACAGCCCAAGAAUGGAGAUGGGGAUGAUGCGGAGCAAGCCAAAUGUGCAGUGGAGUGAUGUGGCUGGGCUUGAGAGCGCCAAGCAGGCACUAUAAGAGGCUGUCAUAUUGCCUUUUAAGUUCCCACAGUUCUUUACUGGGAAGAGACGGCCCUGGAGGUUUUUAUUUUUAUUUUUUAUUAUAUAGUCCACCUGGAACAGGAAGUCACACUUAGCCAAAGCUGUUGCAACAGAAGCAGACUCAACAUUUUUCAAUAUGUCCUCAUCUGAUCUAGUUUCAAAAUGGACGGGUGAAAAUGAAAAGCUAGUCUCAAAUCUGUUUCAAAUGGCUCGUGAAAGUGCUCCUUCCAUCAUUUUCAUUGGUGAAAUUGAUUCCUUAUGUUGGCCAACGAGGUGAAGGCAAUGAGAGCGAAGCCUCCCGAUGUAUUAAAACCGAGUUUCUUGUUCAGAUGCAGGGUGUAGGGCACAAUGAUCAGAAAGUUCUUGUUCUUACAGCCACAAACACUCCCUAUUCCCUGGAUCAGGCCAUCCGACGGCGAUUUGACAAGCGAAUCUACAUUCCUCUUCCAGAUUUGAAAGCAAGGCAGCACAUGUUUAAGGAGACACUCCUCAUAACUUGACUGAACGUGAUUUGGAACACCUGGCUUAUAGAACUGAUGGAUUCUCUGGUUCAGAUAUUUCUGUUUGUGUCAAUAAUGUACUAUUUGAACCUGUUCUGAAAAUUAAGGAUGCUUCUUACUUUGUAAAAACUUCCAAUAGCAUCUGGGUCCCAUGUGACCCUAUUCAA